GCCCUCGGUGAUGGAGAAGCCGAGCGCGGGCUCCGGGAUCCUGUCCCGCAGCCGGGCCAAGACGGCGCCCAACGGCGGACAACCCCACUCGGAGGAUGACAGCAGCGAGGAGGAGCACUCGCACGGGAACUGAGGUCUGACUGGGGCAGGAGCUGGGAAGACACCUCCACACCGAGCUGUGGGGCUCCUGUGGUGGGGAGGAGCCUUGGAUUCUCUGCAGGAGGGCUGUGGUCCAGACAGCAUGAUCCGCGUUGGAACCAAUUACCAGGCCGUAAUUCCGGAGUGCAAGCCUGAGAGCCCCGCACGCUACAGUAACAAGGAGCUGAAGGGGAUGUUGGUGUGGUCGCCCAACCACUGUGUGUCAGAUGCCAAGCUUGACAAGUACAUUGCGAUGGCCAAGGAGAAGCAUGGUUACAACAUCGAGCAGGCACUGGGCAUGCUCCUGUGGCAUAAGCACGACGUAGAGAAGUCGCUGGCUGACCUGGCCAACUUCACCCCGUUCCCGGACGAGUGGACGGUAGAGGACAAGGUGCUGUUUGAACAGGCCUUUGGCUUCCAUGGCAAAUGUUUCCAGCGGAUCCAGCAGAUGCUGCCUGACAAGCUGAUUCCCAGCCUGGUGAAGUAUUACUACUCUUGGAAGAAGACCCGCAGCCGGACCAGUGUGAUGGACAGACAGGCUCGGCGGCUGGGGGGCCGAAAGGACAAAGAAGACAGUGAUGAGCUUGAAGAGGGACGAGGAGCCGUGAGUGAGGGGGAGCCGGACGCUGGAGACCCCAAGAGAGAGCCUCUGCCCUCUCGGCCCCUGAAUGCCCGCCCAGGUCCAGGAAAGAAGGAGGCCCAGGGGUCUCAGUACCGCCACCAUCCGCUGCGAACUCGGCGGCGCCCUCCCAAGGGCAUGUACCUGAGCCCUGAGGGCCUCACUGCCGUGUCGGGGAGCCCGGACCUUGCCAACCUCACACUUCGAGGCCUCGACUCCCAGCUCAUCUCCCUCAAGCGCCAGGUGCAAAGCAUGAAGCAGACCAACAGCAGCCUCCGCCAAGCCCUGGAGGGGGGCAUCGAUCCACUCCGCCCCCCUGAGGCCAACACCAAGUUCAACUCCCGCUGGACCACGGAUGAGCAGCUUUUGGCAGUACAAGCCAUCCGUAGGUAUGGCAAAGACUUUGGGGCUAUUGCAGAGGUGAUUGGGAACAAGACUCUGGCCCAGGUGAAGACCUUCUUUGUGAGCUACCGGCGCCGCUUCAAUCUGGAGGAGGUGCUGCAGGAAUGGGAGGCCGAGCAGGAUGGGGCCCCUGGAGCCCCCCCAGUCCCCAUGGAGGAGGCUAGGAGAGGGGCUCCCUUGCCAACCCCAGCCCUGGAGGAAGACGAUGAGGUCCAGAUUACAUCUGUGUCGACGUCAGGACCCCGAUCGGGGCCCCCUGCGCCGCCCCCUCCUCCGCCUCCCACCUCGCUGUCCCAGCCACCGCCACUGCUGAGGCCACCUUUGCCCACGGCUCCCACCCUGCUCCGCCAGCCACCCCCACUCCAGCAGGGCCGCUUCCUCCAGCCCCGGCUGGCCCCCAACCAGCCCCCACCACCUCUCAUCCGCCCUGCCCUGGCUGCCUCCCGCCACGGUGCCCGCCCGGGCCCUCAGCCCGCACCCACCCUGGCUGGAGCCCCCCUGGAGCCUCCAGCACCUUCGCUCUGAGCCCCGAGGCCCUCCGCCAACCGGAGGCUCCAGAACCCCUUUGCCGGACGUCCUCGGGGACCUCCAGCUUCACCGAGGACAGAAGAGACUAGAGCUCUCGCCAGGUCUUUCGAAGACCCAGCGCUGCUGAUGGGGGCACAGCCUGGACCCCCGCGGGUUCUGCACGUCUUUCUGGCAGCCAGCCUGUCUCCACCCCCUCCCCAGCCAGUGUCUGGGGCCUUCUGAGCUGGCCCGAGGGUACUUUUCCUGGCUGGGACUGGAACGGCUGCCUCCUAGUCUGCCAGGGCCUGGCCUAGGGGUCCUGCCCUUCGUGCGUAGGGGGUAGUGACCAUAGCCUGGGGGUGGGGGAGAGGACAGUUUAGUGUGUUGGCUGUUCUUCCUCUUCCCCUUCUUUUAGCAAUAAGUCUGGGGUGAGGUGGGGAGGGAGCUGGAGGGGGAAAGUGGGCAGAGAGGUUCCUUGGGGCCUGACAGCAGCAGAGGCUGAAGAGGUAGCUCUCCAGUCUUCAGGGGGCCGGGUGGAAAGUGCUGAGGAGCUCUGAGGGUGCCCACUGUGCCCACCGCCCAAAAGCUUAGAGAAAGGAGGGUUGGGAACACAUGCAGA